CGUUAGUGCGAAAAACGCGCGCACACGUCAACUGCGCUUACUUUGAUUGCAAUUCGCGCGCGCGACUUAAACCUGCACCAAACAAAAAAAUUCAAAACCGCAUCAGUAACCAGUGAAUGAUUAAAUAAAGUUAUAAUGAAAUCUACCAAAUUCUAACCAAAUUUUAGUUGACUAAAUAUUUUAGUGAACAGUGCUUGGCGUGUUAUUGUUGGAAAGUGUGAUAAAACGAGAGACAUAAACGAAACAUUCCAGUGAAAUAAGUGACGUCGAUUUACGAUGCAGGACAAGGGCAAGGAGCGUUAUCCAUCCACUUUUACAGUGGAUCAGUUUAGUUCUACAACCAAAUUGGGACCACAAGACCUUAAAAUUCCUGUUGGGAGUAAUGAAACUAUCAACGAAAAAGAUGAUUUGUAUUCACCUUUCGAUCAUCGACCAACGGAGCACUCAAACAGUUCUGCUGGUUCCUUGAUCCAUCUCGUAAAAUCUUCCCUUGGAACCGGUAUUUUAGCAAUGCCCAACGCUUUCAAAAAUGGUGGUCUUGUCUUUGGAUUUAUCGGAACACUUGUUGUUGGUCUUUUGUGCACGCACUGUGUUCAUAUUCUGGUGAAGGCCUCGCACGAGAUGUCCAGGAAGCGGAAGGUGCCGAGCCUUGGAUUUUCCCAGACGGCCGGCGCCGUCUUCGAGAAUGGCCCCAAAGCGUGUCGGCCGUGGGCCAAAGCUGCUGAAAUUUUCGUGAACAUAGCCCUCUGCGUGACGUAUUUCAUGGGUGGAAGUGUCUACGUCGUAUUUGUAUCAGAAUCCAUCCAAAAAGUUGUAGAAGCACGUGACCUUGUCGAUUGGUCAAUCUACGUCUACAUCGCUUUGGUCCUAGGUCCCUUGAUAUUAACAUGUCAACUCCGAGAAUUAAAAUACCUGGUACCCUUCUCAUUCCUUGCGAAUGUAUUCAUGGUAGUAUCAUUCGCCAUUACACUCAAGUUCAUGUUCACUGGAAUCGAGGGCACAGACGAUCGCGACAUGGUUUCCAGUAUUGGUAACCUCCUGUUCUUCAGUACUGUUAUCUUUGCCAUGGAAGGCAUUGGUGUUGUCAUGCCUGUGGAAAACAGCAUGAGAAAACCACAACAGUUCUUGGGAUGUCCCGGUGUUUUAAACAUUGCUAUGUCUAUUGUUGUUGCGUUGUACUCUGUGAUUGGAUUUUUCGGAUAUUUGAGAUUCGGGGAUAAAACUCAAGCCAGUGUCACCUAUAAUCUUCCAGAUGGUGAUGUUUGGGCAGAAAUUGCAAAAAUCUUCAUCGCGCUUGCAGUAUUCUUCACUUACAGUCUUCAAUUCCACGUGCCAAUGGAAAUCACCUGGAAGAUGGUCCUGGAAAAACGCAUUCCUCAGAAAUAUCAUAAUUUAUCCCAGAUUGGAAUUCGCAGCGCUAUUGUGACACUUUCCGCUGGAAUUGCUGCUGCUGUACCUAACCUGGAACCAAUCAUUGGUCUCGUUGGUUCUAUCUGUCUUUCUACCCUUGGUCUCUUCAUCCCUGCUGUGGUGGAUACUGUCCUCAUGUGGGACGGCCGAUUGGGUGUAUUUAAAUGGCGUUUGAUUAAAAAUACAAUCCUCUGCUGCUUCUCAAUCUUUGCUUUAAUCUCAGGCACGAUUUUCGCUGUACAAGAUUUAAUCAAAGGAUAAAUUAUAUUAAAAAACAUAAAAAGAAAGUGAUGGAAGGGAAAUAGUGCAAAAAUAUCGUAACAUUAGUUAAUUUAAUUUGAUUUAAUUUAAUUUAAAUUAAUUAAACAAAAUUUUAAGAUAAAAAAGACGAAAACACUUUGGAUAAUUUUUUUUAAUUAUUUACGCUGAAAAUUAUUUUAUUGAGUUUUUUCUGUUUUUGUUUCGAUCGAUUGCUACUCGUAGCAUUCGAAUGAUGGAUGCUAGAUAAGAGAUAUAAUUUAUUUACACACUUAGAUACCUAGAAGCAAACACAAUGUAUGUGAUAUUUUCAAUAUGACUGCGAUAUUUUUUAUGCACAUUGAUACAAAUCUAUUGUGGUAAAUAUUGUGUUAUUACAUUAGAAACAUAGACGCGUAGGAUUGAUUUUUGUAAUUUAUUUCUGAGACAAAGAAAUCAAUUUGCCAUUAAUUAUUAUUACUAUUCGUUAAUGUAGGACCUAUACAUUUGUAAAAUUUGCAUUUUUAAUUUCCAAACAACAUUGUAAAUAUAAUUAUUAGUUGUAGAA